AUUUCAUUGGAUGAGCCGCUUUCGUUGAAAGGGGCGUGAAGUUUGUUGCUAGCUAGCUGUUAGCGCUCUCCUGAGGAGUGUGAUACACAGCGAAAAAGGAGAUUUAAAAUUGCGUCGUCUGAGGUCUCUGUAGCCAAUUUGGUUCCUCUUGUGAGGCAGACUGUUGACUGGGCCGAUGGAUGAAACCGUUUUGUGAACUGCUCACCCAGCCUCUGUUGGCUAAUUGCAUUGUGGCGUCAAUGCUAACUUAGCUAGAUAGCUAUAUGUACCAUCGACAUAAAUAUACGAUAUGUACAUUAGCCGCGCUGGGCUAGCUAGAAGGUCUUAACAGUAUUUUUAUAGAGGCGUCGUUGUUGAAACGCUGCCUGAAUUAGACCUUAUGCAGGAAUUAAAGUGGGCUUUAGUCAGCCAGUUGGUUAGUUUAGUUAUGGUCGUCUCAUUUAACAAUCUAACAUGCUUCCUUAGCUUGAAUCAACGGUGAGCUGCAGCUGCCUUGUAGCAACAACAGUAGCUAGCAUCUGCUUGGCAUUGUGUGGUAGCAAUGUAAUGCUAGCCAUUAGCAAAGUUGGUGACCUCACGCAGCCAUCGCAGGUGGUUUGAGCUGUUUUCUGGUGUUAAACAACGAAAACGUCAUGUUUUAAACCAACUUUAGUUCGUUUAGUUUUGGGCCGGGUUUACGUUGUUUGACCGCGUCUCGUGUCAGGUUAGCUGCCUGAUUACUAUUGCUUGUAAUCAUGUAAAACUAAUGAGGUUAGGAGGUCAGUAAUGUGACGCUGCAGAGCUGGGACGCCAUUCGAAGUUCAGAAACGGACAACGCUGUUGAGCAACAUGAACAACUCCGGGGUGAUGCCUCAAGAAAAGAUGGAGCUGGAUCUGGAGAUCGCAUCUUCGCUGGUUCAGGCCGACGGACACCUGAGGAGAUCCAACAGUGCACCCAUGAUAAAUGGCCUCAGCGAUAACUGUCAGGUUUUCCAGAGAGAGGUGCUACGCUGUCGCAGAAACAGCACUACAGUGGUUAACAGGCCCAACGUGGUGCCCUCGUCACCCAUCCGCAUACCCAGCACCAGACUCCAUCAGAUCAAACAGGAAGAAGGAGUAGAUGUGAUGAACAGAGAGACUGCUCAUGAGCGGGAAGUCCAAGCCGCCAUGCAGAUGAGCCAGUCCUGGGAGGAAAGCCUUAGUCUGAGCGACAACGACUUGGAAAAGUCAGCGUCGUCGUCCCCAAAGCGAAUCGACUUUGUGCCCGUGUCUCCGGCGCCGUCUCCAACCAGAGGAAUAGGAAAGAAGCAGUGCUUCUCUCCAUCACUACAAAUCCUGGUUAGCAGUAACGGCCUGACGCCCAGCUCCAUACCCAGCCCAACACGCCGCUUCAGCCGGCGGAGCCAGAGCCCGAUCAACUGCAUCAGAGCCAGCAUCCUCGGACCCAUCAAACGCAAAGCUGGUGAGAUGGAGACAGAGAGUCAACCUAAGCGUCUCUUCCAGGGGACAACCACCAUGCUGUCAUCAGAUGUGUCCCACCUGUCGGAGCUCAGCUCCUGUCACUCCCCAGACCUGCUGGACGGCAGUCUGAGCAGCCUCAGCUCCUCCAACGACUCUCCGGGCAAAAUGGAGGGAGUGUCGCCCUCCUCCUCCAGCAACUCGCCCUUUGCCUCCCUCCGGGAUUUGUCUCCAAAGUGAACACACACAGACGUCCCCCACACGCGGGGACUGGCUUCCUCCUCUUCUGAGGAAACCCCGUUGUCGGACCUUCCACUUGUCUCCGCUCCACGUCCCCACGCUGACCUCCGGCCCGCCGUUUCCACUCAGCGUGUGGAGCCGAAGCCAGAGGAGUGAAACACUGUGAGCACCAGCUGCUAGUCGUCCGUCUUGGAUGGUGCUUGGUUGUAUAGAGAUGUUUACCCCCUCCUCUCCCAGAUCACUGGACAGACAGACUGUUGGACAUGUCCCUUUGCCUUUGUGUGGACAGUCUAAAGAUUUUGUAAGAAGAUUUAACUUAUUGCUUUCCUGCUUUUGUGUGAGUUUGUACAUAGGAGGCGUGUCUGGCUGUAGCUGUUGGCUGUGCGGUGAAUGUAACCGCAGACGGGUGGUUUUACCACUCCGGGACGUCCCUCGUGCUGUUGAAGAAGCUCUGGUGACCUGUGGUGAUUUCCUUUCCUCAGGAUGUUGGUCUGAAGCUGGAACGAGCGUUUGGAGCAUCCAAUCAGAACCCGCUGCUCGCGUCGCUCUGCACUUGUUUCCUGUGGUUGCUGUCUGGACAGGUUCUGUGCAUACAUACCAAGUAAAGAAAUGCUUGGUUUUUCCCCUUCUAGCAAAAGUGUUCUUAUUUGUAAAAUUUACAAGUGUGUGCAUAUAAAUAUGAAAUAUAUAUAUAUAUAUAUAAAUGCAGCAGAGGGCGGUCCAUCCGCUGCCACAUUCAGUAAAGUUUUAAAAAGCAGCAUUUAGAAGUAAAGGAGCUGCUUUUGCUGCUGCGGUUCAUCAGGACGCCGAGUUCUGUAGUGUUCAUAGCCCCGCCCCACCAUGCCGAUCCCUCUGCUCUGCAGCCUUACGCGUCCGUGUGCAGAAACAGGUGAUUGUAACUGGUUUUCCCUUUAAUUUAAAGAACGGCCCACAGUUGCUUUGCUGAAUGUUUAUUUUUGUAUUUUGCCGAGGCGGCCCACGCGCCCUGCUGCGUUUGCUUUUACUGUUUAGGGCAGGAAUUAGCACACCGUGUUAGCUGUCUGUUAUAAUCUGUGGAGCUGGCCAACACCUCGCCUGAUGCUUGUGACUUUUGUGAUCGCCAUCGCAGCAGACGUCGGCUUUAAAUAAAUUAUUGUUAUUAA